AUGGGGUUGAUCUACGGGUUAUGGGGGCGCGAUGGAUCUUCAUCGAGGGGUCGAGCUGUUCGCAUGAAGACUGUGAUAUCGAGAAGCGACGGGUGCGUGGACAAGCCCCUGUCUACGCUGUGGAGGAACUAUUGCCAGAGCAGUCGCCAGGACAUCGCUAUGAAGGUGACCAUCUGCGGCGCGGGGCUGCGAGCCGUGACCCGCGAGCACGGCCUCACCGAGUACUGGGCGCACCGCGUGACGUACUGCGCGGCGCACCCUGCGUACCCUCGGGUCUUCUGCUGGGUGUACCGUCACGAGGGCAGGCGGCUCAAGCAGGAGCUGCGCUGCCAUGCGGUGCUCUGCCCGAAGACGGAGAAGGCUGAGGCCAUGGCCGCCCAGCUGAGAGUGCGGCUGGCGUCGGCGCUGCAGGAGUUCCGCCGGGAGAAGGUGGUGCGCCAGAACGCCCGCUUGUCCCUCAUGCACGCCAUCUACGACUCGGCCGCCAUCCCGCGGCGCCGCCUGCUGCUCUCCACGGGCUCCGCCAACUACCGGCCUCCGCUGGAGCGGUCCAAGAGCGCGCCCAAACUCGGCGCCAUCGAGGAGAGCAUCGAGGAGGAGGAGGCGGAGGCGCUCGACAGCGACGUCGAUGACAUCGACGAGUUGGACGAGGCGGCGUCGGUGCACCUGCAGCCGGAGGACGUGGGGCUGUCGAGCGCCGUGUCGGAAACCACGUCGGACAUCGUGGUGGACUACGACUCGAGCAGCGAGGUGGCGAGCGCCGGCCAGGAGAGGCUUGCGCUGGAGGAGGACUUCGACGAAGGCAGCGCCAACUUCUCGCACUUCUGCCACUCGGACACGCCCCUCUACUGCCCCGUGCCCCCGCUCUCGCCUAUCGGCGACGCGAGCGAGGUCCACGAGCCAGGGGGAGGGGGAGGGGGUAGGGACACAGGGACGAUGAUGGGGGACGUCUCGACGACCAGCGGGAAGGACCUCGGCCUCCUGGCAUCGCUCACGGGGGAGCUGAGUCUCGCUCCUCCUGCCGAAGAAUCGCUGACGUCGGACCAGCCCGAGUCCCUGGGUUCGCACUGCGACUCGUGCAACUCCUCGUGCGGCGCCUGCAGUGACCCGUGCGACGUGGCGGUGGAGCAGGAGCACCUCCUGGGCGAGGGCAACCACAUCAUCUCCGACGGCCACAUCCUGAGAGAGGGCGAGAGCCCGGGGAAGAUGGCCCGCAUGGAAGGGGACAAUAUCAGUGAGGAGAGUGGCUACUCCGAGGACAAAGAUUCUUUGCAAAAUUUAGACGCGACCAAACUUUAGUGUACUUGAUCUGAUGUAAUUAUAUUCAUAAUUAUCCAUAUCAUGAUCUGACGCAAGUGACACCGUUAGCGCCGGCUCUGCUCGGGCUUGACGCGGUAAAUUGUGUUUCUCUCGCCCAUCAUGUGUUGUGAUGCAUGUUAUAUAACUCUCCCCCUCACCCCUCGCCUACAUAAGGAUGACAUUGUUACCGUGUGUAACUGCAGUGUCCCAGCUGUUCCAAAGGAUCUGUCUACCUGUACAGCCUUUUUUCCUGAGAUAUAAAAUGAAUUCUCUCCCUUUAGCCCCCCUGUGAAACUUUCCAGAAUAAGAUUAUGGAAAUGAAAGUGGAAACAAAAAAAUAUACAUACGAAUCACCCCCGGAGCAAUAAUAGUAUUGAUGACUGUGUUAAAAAGAGAGAUUAUGUAUAGAAACACUGGCUUCUGUUCUGUUUCAUUUCGACUGUUAUAGUUCUUAGAAUAACUCGGCAGAUACUGUAGUUGAUCGGAGGGCAAUCACCAAGUGCCAUGUGUAGUUUCUUCUUCAUUUUCCAACCUAGUUCAUUCUAGUGAGAGAAAGAAAAUGUUUAUUUUGGUUUCCCAUUCAGAUAGGAAUUGUAAAACAUUUGUGGCAUUUUUUGUAAAGUCUGUUAGCGAAAGUGAAUUCUUGUAACAUUUGGAAAAAAGGUUUUAAUAGUGUUGUAUGAUAUGGGAAUGGGAAUUUCUUUUCAGAACAACUGGAUAAUCUUUGUACAGAAAACACUAUACUUGUUAUAGUCAUUAUUUUAUUUUAUACAUUUUGAUACAACUAUCUGUAUUCAAGGUGCACAUAUUUAUAUAUAAACUGUUGAUGAAUAUAGAAACAUAUGUAUGAAAUCGAAAUUUUUUAUAUACAUCCAGGAUAUUCAAAAUUUUGUGAAAUUUGAAACUGGAUACUUUCGUUGAUAAGUUAAAUGGUUUAGGCUUUAUAUGAAAAUGAAAGUGAGUAAACAGUUCAUGUAUAAUACUGACUAAAUCACACGAAUGGCCAUUUGAUAAACUGCGGUAUGUUUUUAAAGGAGGAGAAACAAAUAUAUUUAAAAGUGCAUAUAUUUACGAUGAUGGUGGUUGAUACUUUGCACAUUUUGUAUCAAAGACUUGUAUAGUAGAUCAUACUGGAAUACUCUUUCACUAUUUAAACGUACACUAUUGUCUUUUAUGUGUAUUUUUUCAUAAUUGUAUUUUUUCGUACUCAUCCCUGUUUGGAGAAGGGAGAAAUCAAACGAUUGUAUUCAACACUGUAAGAUAUCAGAGUUGAUGCAUUCAGUGAAGAUUUAAGUAUUAAAAGAAUAUUAUAUUCAAAUGCAGUAAAACAAAUCUAUUGUAUUGAGUAUUUAAGACUCAAACAGUGAGAAAGAAGUGUUGUAUUCAACUCCCAAAGAUAAAACAGUAACAAACAAGUACUGCAUUCAAUUCAGUGAGAUAAAACAGCAAGAAAACCGUACUGUAUUCAACUCACCAAGAUAAAACGAUUGCUGUAUUUCACAACUACACGUGAAACUGCAUGGCUUCCUGGUGUCCAUUCCACCUAAUGUAAAGUACUUUAUGUUUAACGUCAAUAAACAUUAUGGUUACUUCAAAGGGGCACCGGGAAUCCACCGUGCCUGGAUUGCAUUAUUAGAAUAGAACCAACAAUGAGCUUUAACGAGAGUAUUCGUAAAAUAAGGGAUUUUUUUCUUUUUUUUCUAAGUAAGAAUAUUCCUUCACUCAGCAGUUCAGUAGGACAGUAACCAAUAGGAAAUGUGUGAGUGACUUAAACAGAUGAUUCAGCUGACAUUUGAAUAGUUUUUGAUCAUGAAGUAGAAUGAACCUUCACACACCAGAUAGAUUUGACAGCGAAUGCACGAUCUAGCUGAUAUUUGAACGAUUUCAAACAGUAACAUAUAGAAUAAGUCAUCAGUCAGCGGUAAGACCGAGCACUGAACUCACAAUCUCAAGGAUAUCUUUAACAGUUUCAAUUAAAGCAUAUCAUAGUAUUACUGUGCAUUCCAGAUUCGACCAUAUUUGCACCGUAAAUGUUCUGCUGUUGCAUUUUUAUACCUUUGGUAGUGUGUUGAAUACUGACAGUAGAGGAAUUUCGUAGUGACGUUCAGGAUACCUUUGUAAGUAAUGCCGGUAUCGAUAACCCUUUCGAAGUCUACGGACACAGUAGUUGCCACUUUGCAUUUUUUUUUCUUUUUUUUUAGGGAAGCACACAGUUAAGUUACGAAAUCGACCAGGCGUGGUAUAUUGUUUCGAAUGUUUUUUUUUCUCGAAAACUGAAUAGGCAUUUUUUAUAUUCACCCCAAGGCCAUUUUGCAUGUUAUUUCAUUUAUUUACCAAUCACCAUGUAUACUGACAUUUGCAAGUACAGCCACAUAGACAUUCACAAACAUACGAACAUCUUCACUUUAGCAUCAAUACACACGUGCCCAGUCAUAUAUACGUACAUAUACAUCUAUAUUAUAAUAUAAAAUUAUAUCUAACUAUCGAGAUUUAAACAAAAAGAAAAAAAAACAGAGGUAUUCGGUAUUUCAAAGAUGCAUCGAAAAGGCAAAACAUGUGAAGGAAUCGUAUUGAUAAAUUUAGAGUUUGUUAAAUAUAUUGGCUGAAUAUGAUUUUUUAUGAAUGAGAUUAUGAAUAUAUAGUGUCUUUUAUCUUAUGUGACUGAUUGAAUGAGAACCACAAUGGGGAGUAUUUUGAACUUUGGGGCGGUUAUAUGUUCAACUGCAAUUGAGAGAGAGAGGCGGUGCUGUAGCGGUUGGGAAAGUUGCAAACACAACACUAGUUUUGCUUAAAUGUGACUUUAUAAUCGAAAGUGGCGAGAGAAGGAUGAAAAGAAGGAAAAUAAAGGAAGAAAAAAUAUGAUAAAUACUCUUAAAAAAGAUAAACAAAUAUGGUCAGUGGUUUUUCUCAGUGAUAUGUUAUUGGGAGAGUGCGACUGGACAAAAAUGGUUUUACACGUGCUAAAACUUGGAACUUUUUACCUAGUGUGAUGCAAGCUACAUUCCAUGUGUAUAUAUAGAGCUAUCAAAAUGUUUAUUGAAGGCAAUGUCAGGGAUGUACAUAGGAGAUGUAAUUUUGUAUUAUAUGAGUAGACGUUAUGUGUAGAAGUAUCAAAUAAAUUACGAUUAUGUUUUUUUUUUAUUAUUAUUAUUUACAGAUAUUUUAUAUCAUGUUACAAGCAUUGUUUAGAAUCUACUAUAUGGAAAAAUGAAUAGUGUAAUAUAAUUUUAACCUUGAAACAG